CGCGUUACGAUGCUGGCGCGCAGCCUCGCCCGGAGACUGGGAUGGCAGGCGACCGAGGGGCCGCCUGAAACGAAAGUCGUGGGCAUCUUGGCCCUCAACGCGAUGGAUUUCGUGCCUCUGUCCUGGGCGAUUCACCGCAUCGGCGGCACAUGUCUCCUGAUGCACCCGACCUCGUCGGCCAGCGAAAUCCAGACCCUGAUGCGCAAAGCUAACUGCCACACCCUUUUCACCUGCCGUCCCUUGCAACCGCUCUGCGAGGCCGUGUUUGCCGCCUUGCACGAAGAUCCUGACCGGUUGUUUCUGCUCGAAUUACCCAACGACGAUGCCAGCACGCCGGCGACCCGGGCCACCGUCUCCGAGCUGAUCGCCGAGGGAGAGCAUCUGCCCGCCGUGGCGAGCAUCCUUCUCCAGCCAGGGGAGUCCCGCGACCGGGUCGCAUAUCUCUGCCCGACCAGCGGCACUUCCGGGUACCAGAAACUGGCGCAAAUCACCCACGCCAACGUCAUCGUCAAUGCCCUCCAGGCGGUUACUCUGGACUCAUAUGCGACCGGACCCAAGAGCCAGACCACUCUGGGCAUCCUCCCGUUGAGUCACGCCUAUGGCUUGAUCGUACUGCAUACGUUGAUGUGUCGGCGCGAUACGACGAUCCUGCACGCCCGCUUCGACAUGCCGGCGGCGCUACGGUCGAUUCAACAAUACCGCAUCGAGCGGUUGUAUUUGGUUCCCGCGAUUGUGGCGGCGUUGGUAAAUAACCCUAUCUUAUUCAAGCUGGCCGAUCUGUCGUCCGUGCAGACGGUGGUCUGUGGAUCCGCGCCCUUGAGUGCCGACAUGAUGGGCGCCAUGAAACGGGUGCGUCCCGACUGGGAUCUCCUCCCUGGUUAUGGAUUGACCGAAGCGGCGGUGAUUGUCUCGUACACCAGUCAACAUAGCAUCUUCCCCGGCUCGGUGGGGAGCCUGUUGCCCCAGGUGAAGGUGCGACUGCUCGAUGCGAAUGGGGUGGAGAUCCACGACUACGACGUCGCCGGCGACCUCUACGUGCGAUCCCCCAGCGUCAUGAAGGGCUACCUUGGGGAGAACGAGGCGGACUCCUAUGCCUUCGACCAGGACGGCUGGCUGGUCACGGGCGAUGUGGCGUGCAUGCGGCGCGGCGCAGACGGCGAGGAGCAUCUGUUCAUCGUGGAUCGCAAGAAGGAUAUCAUGAAGGUCAAGGGCAUCCAAGUGGCGCCGGUCGAGAUUGAAGCGCAGCUCUUGAACCACCCAGCUGUGGACGAGGCCGCGGUGAUUGGAGUCCAAGAUGACGCGACGGGCGAGCGUCCAUUUGCCUUUGUGGUGCGCUCGCGCCAGGUCGAUGCCCAGAUGGACGAAGCGACUCUCCGCCAGGCGCUGGCGGCGCACAUCCAGACUACUCUGAGUGAGCCGUUCUGGCUCCGCGAGAACAUUCGGUUCUUGGAGGCGAUCCCGAAAAGUCACAGCGGGAAGGCGCUGAAGUUCAAGCUGAAGGAU